AUGGGUCGGGGCCGCAGCGAGAUAAAGCGGAUCGAGAACCCCACGCAGCGGCAGUCCACCUUCUACAAGCGCCGGGACGGCCUCUUCAAGAAGGCCAGGGAGCUCUCCGUUCUGUGCGACGUCGACCUGCUGCUGCUCCUCUUCUCCACCUCCGGCAAGCUCUACCACUACCUCUCGCCCACCGUCCCUCUGUUAAGGACCUGGUCGAGAGGAGCGGCACGCGGAGCUGGAGAAGGCGGAGCAGAUGUGCGAGCUCAUGGAGAAGGAGCUGCGGUUCAUGACGGUGGACGACGGGGAGCAGUACACGGUGCCGUCGCUGGAGCUGCUGGAGCACAACCUGGAGGCGGCCGUGCACAAGGUGCGCUCCGAGAAGGACCGCAAGAUCGGCGGCGAGAUCAACUACCUCGAGAACAUCAUCAGAGGACGCCACGAGGAGCGCUACGGGUUGUGCGACAAGCUUGCUCAUUCUCAGGCCUCGAACAACAACGGGGAAGGAGGGUCGACCCCACCAAGCAGCGGCCUGGAACUCAAGCUGGGUGGGUACAAUCCAAUCCUUAUGCGGCGGCCUUCUCAACUUCGUUUCAGACCAACUAUUUUCAGUAG